CCCGCCCACCUCUAUGUGAAGCAUCAUGGCGCCACCGAUAACGGAUCUGUGCGCGUGCUGUCGGAAUGUGCUCGCGAAUGGAACACUGAGUCGUUUAACAACUUUUGUCAGGGGCAGCGCGCGCUCUGCAACAAAAAGGGACGGCAGCAAUAAAAGCAAAUGGAUGGGAGUUGUGGGAUUGGAAGUCCAUGCUCAGUUAUGUUCCAACUCCAAACUAUUCUCUGGGUCCCGGGUGCAAUUUUCAGCACCUCCAAAUUCAUUGGUAUCAUUUUUAGAUGCUUCGCUUCCAGGCACAUUACCAGUUCUUAACAAAUACUGUGUCGAAGCAGCUGUGAUGACUGGCUUGGCCCUAAACUGUACCAUUAAUAAGAAAUCCAAGUUUGACAGAAAACACUACUUCUACGCUGACUUGCCAGUCGGCUAUCAGGUAACACAGCAGAGAUGUCCAGUUGCCAUCAAUGGAAGCCUUGCAUAUAGCCUUUGUGCUGGAAAAAACAGAAAUUGUAUGAUACCUAAAUUGGUGCGAAUCAAACAAAUUCAACUGGAACAGGAUAGCGGUAAAAGUCUCCAUGACGAUGCAGGAACCCAUACAUUAAUUGAUUUAAAUAGGGCUGGAGUUGGUUUGAUGGAGAUUGUUAUGGAACCAGACAUGUGUUGUGGAGACGAAGCGGCAGCAGCUGUUCGAGAACUCCAACUUGUCUUACAGGCACUUGGUACAUGCCAUGGAAAUAUGGCAGAGGGACAGUUAAGAGUGGAUGCCAACGUAUCUGUACAUCGACCUGGGGAGCCAUAUGGUGUGAGAGCUGAAGUGAAGAAUAUUAACAGCGCCCGAUUUUUGGCAAGAGCAAUUGAUUAUGAAAUUCUGAGGCAGAUUGACGUACUGGAGAAUGGAGGGAAAAUAUUAAAUGAGACCAGAGCAUUUGAUUAUAAAACAGGGCACACCAUAUCUAUGAGAGACAAAGAGGGAAAGCAAGACUACAGGUUUAUGCCAGAACCAAAUUUGCCUCCAUUGGUUAUUUAUGACAACGAAACCUUCCCUCCUAAUGUGAAUCCUCAACAAGUGGUGAAUAUUGACCAUAUUCGUGAGCAGCUGCCUGAGCUACCUAAUGAUAAGAGAAAAAGGCUGGUGGAAAAGUAUGGUAUUCUUGCUGAACACAGCUUCACAUUAGUGAAUGAAGAUGGACUUGUGCAAUUUUUUGAAACUGUUGUGGAACAGACCCAGGUCAAUCCAAAGAAGGUGAUUGGUUGGAUAAUUAAUGAUUUCCUGGCACUACUGAAGCAGAAUAAUCUCAGAGUAAACCAAAGCUUCAUUAGCCCCCCUGCUUUGUCAGAGCUGCUUAACCUCUUAGAAAAAGAACUUAUAUCUUCAUCUGCAGCAAAGCAGGUAUUUCUUGAACUGUGGAAGGGAGAAGGGAAAACUGCAGUCCAGAUAGUUGAAGAAAAAGAAUUAGGACUGAUCCAAGAUCACAAGAAACUAGAGCAGAUCUGUCAGUGUGUUAUUGAAGGUCAUCCUGCAGAGGUUUCUGAAAUACAGCAAGGAAACUGGAAAGUGUUAAAUAAACUGAUUGGCCAGGUUCAGAGGGUAACACAUGGCCGGGCUGCCCCUACUCUGGUGAAAGCCAUUUUGGAAAAGAAACUUGCCUGAAAGCUGCAACAUUGGAAAUCAAGACAAAUCAGAACUGAGAUUGAAUUUGUCUGAAUGUUAUCUUAAUCUAUUGUCAUAACUUUGGUGAAUGAUUGACAGACAUCUUAGAGAUAUAUUUGUUUAUCCUCUGGGAGGUCUGUCACAUUAUUUUGAAAUACGUAUGUUAAUGAUAAAACACAUCUUACAGGCUA